AUGGCGAAAGCAUAUCGAACCGAUGAUUUUGUUGAAGUUUGUAGCAACGAUGAAGGUUUCUUGGGUUCCUACUUCGCCGCGAAGGUUCUCAAGUUUGAUGAUCCGGAGGUACAGAGAGUUAAAAAGUUCUUGCCUUACAAGAUUGUGAACAAAGAUGGGAAGCCUUAUAUACAGGUGAAGAUCAAAGAUGGAGAGACCAAGGUGUUUAGCCCUGAAGAAGUCAGUGCUAUGAUACUGGUGAAGAUGAAGAAGACGGCUGAAGCAUACCUUGGGAAGAAAAUUAAGGAUGCCGUUGUUACUCUUACUUCAAUGACGCACAGAGGCAGGCCACAAUGGAUGCAGGUUAUAAUUGCAGGGCUUAAUGUGGCUCGAAUAAUUAACGAGCCUACAGCUGCUGCAAUUGCCUAUGGAUUGGACAAAAAGGGAGGAGAGAAGAACACUUUGAUUUAUGAUCUGGGUGGUGGUACAUUUGAUGUUUUCAUCUUGACGAUCGGCAAUGGUGUCUUUGAGGUUCUGGCAACCAGUGGUGACAACCCAUUUGAUUUGGUUUGGUUUGAUCAAUCGGACCAAUUCAAGUUUGUUGUGGAGUUAAUUAAAUAA